AUGGACGAGUGGACGUUCCGAAAACCCUCAGAUCAAAUCGUGAUCAUAGUCUUCGUGGCCGGAAAAUGUUCGGAUUCGAACCUCGGACUUUACGACGAGUCUCGCAAACCAGUGAACGUUUCCAGUGGCGGAACAAAUGAAAUUAUAAGCCGAGGAAUGCCAUCACCGAUCGAAGCAGAAAAUGUGUCAUUUUUGGAUAUUUUGGGCUCACCACAAUCAUCGCAAUCUACCUCCAACUCGUCAUCACACGAUGCCAGCAGUAGUAACAGCAAUAGCUGCAAUAUUUCAUCGGGCAUGAGCAAUGGUUCCCAUCAGCAGCUAUCGCUGGCGUCCUUUUCGUCUCUUGAAUGUCCUGACAGUGCCAGCAUACUGAGCCUGAGUGGGUCCAACACGGCCUCGUCGCCAGUUAUCAGCACCAGCAAUCCCUUCCAUUUCUCCGGAUUGUCAAUGUCCAGCUCCAGUCUGAGCUCACCGGAGAUUGGCAGCAAGGGAGGCAAUGGAGGAGGAGGUGGGGGUGGCGGCGGCAGUGGCAGCGGUGGCCAAUCGCCAACCUACUACGGUAGCAGUGUGCACUAGUCGAAGAACUAUGACGAUUUUCGAUUCGACAGCGACAUCAGUUUAUCCGGAUCAAACGGCGCAAACAGUUUAACCUCAGAGACGUUAAAGCUGCUGCAGCGUAAUAUGGGCACUUAUGACUGCUCCAUGCCGACAUCCCCCAACACAUCCUCCACGGAGCAAUGCACACGAUAUUUUCGCGGAUCGCAACAACUCGGCGACCUGAAUCAGAGCUUCGAGGCAAACACAUCCUCCCUCUUAGGUGGUAAUCAGUCUCUGUCACGUUCCAAUUCCCCGCCCGACAACGACUCCAGUUUGCUGUCCAAUUUCGAUAGCACCAACAUUUUGGACAUGAUCAAUUAUCUCACCAUCAGCCAACAGCAGCAGAAGGGGAAUAACCAGCAGCAUUAUACCAACAACGGUAGCAGCAUUGGUAGCAGUAGUAACAAUAACAACAACAGCAGCUCCCACAGCUCCCAGUAUAGUCAGAUACCGAAUAUGAGUCAGUUCUAUUCGCAUCAAUCACAGGGAGGAUCUUCAUUCGGGAAUGAAAAUUGCAACAGUCAACCUAGUAGUAGCAACGGUGGCAAUAGUUUCGCUACUGACUAUGAACGGCUGCAAAAUUUGCAGGCACUGAACACAUUGCGUAUGUUGCAACAGUCGCAACAACUGUCGCAAUUGCAGCUGCAGCAAUAUCAUUUCAAUAAACUGCUUCCGAGCUACAACAGUACUCAGCUCAAGAACUGGUCUUUGCAGAAUUCACCUCCCUCGUCAUCAUGCAACGGUGCCAAUGAUAUCAAUCUGGACCGGAUUGCACGAUUUCACCGUUCAUCAGCUGCACAUUACGAUGCGACUUGCACGUGGAGUGGUGUACUUCCCCCACGUUCCCAUCGAUUGGUGACAUAUUCGUCGAAAUUUUUCCUCGGCGGGAUGCCUUGGGAUAUCAGUGAACAAUCACUAGUUCAGAUCUUCAAGCCAUUCGGCUCCAUAAAGGUUGAAUGGCCUGGCAAGAAACAACAGGCGACACAGCCCAAAGGUUACGUCUACAUUAUCUUCGAAUCGGACAAACAGGUCAAAGCUUUAUUGCAGACUUGUACCUAUACAGACGCGAAAAGUUACAAUGGUUCAAGCCGUGGUACCAGCUCAUCAUCGUCGGGUAUUCUAACGUAUUCAUUCGGUGGGGAAGAACAGCAACAACAACUAUCAGGACAACAACAACAGCUUGUGCAUCAGAAUAAACCCCUUCCAACACCGGGAGCUCGAAUCAACUUCAAAAUAUCCUCCAAACGCAUCAAAUCGAAAGACGUUGAGGUUAUUCCAUGGAAUAUUGCCGAUUCCAACUUUGUCAAGUCCACUUCGCAAAAACUUGAUCCAACAAAGACCGUAUUCGUUGGUGCGCUACAUGGACAACUGACGGCGGAAGGUUUGGCUAAGAUUAUGAAUGACUUGUUCGAUGGAGUAGUGUACGUCGGCAUCGAUACAGACAAAUACAAGUACCCGCUCGGUUCGGCACGAGUAACUUUCAACAAUUCGCGCAUUACUAUCACUACAAUUCGCUGCAUGUCUCGCCCAAGUCGCCUUCGCCACCGUGCAAUAACAGCAGCAGCAGUUCAGCAGAUUCAUCGCCAAUCUCCUGUCACGGACCGGCCAAUUUACACCAACAGCUGCAGCAACAGUUCGGCGGCCUCUAAACAGUGA